GAUAGGGAUCUAAUUGGCGCCCCUUUACUAUUUCCCAGUUCCUUCUUCGGAUUCGUCUUUUUUAUCUUUUUAAAUCGGAAAAAGUAGAAACUGAAUCCGUAGAAAAAUUUCUCACACUGUUCGCAAAUCCUUCCUCUGCGUACUGAUCUUCUAGAUCUACACAAUCUUCAAGGGCUGCUUCGUUGUUUCGAUUCCAAUGGCGACGAGAAGACGUACUUUACUCAAAGUCAUUGUCCUCGGCGAUAGCGGGGUUGGUAAGACUUCCUUGAUGAAUCAAUAUGUGCAUAAGAAGUUUAGUCUGCAGUACAAAGCGACUAUUGGUGCUGAUUUCGUAACGAAGGAGAUUCAGAUUGGGGAUAAACUUGUUACUCUACAGAUUUGGGAUACUGCUGGGCAAGAAAGAUUCCAGAGUCUUGGUGCUGCGUUUUACAGAGGCGCGGAUUGUUGUGCGCUUGUUUAUGAUGUCAACGUGUUGAAGUCCUUUGACUCUCUCGAAAAUUGGCAUGAAGAGUUUCUUAAACAGGCAAGUCCAUCGGAUCCAAAGACAUUUCCGUUUAUAGUUCUUGGAAACAAGGUUGACAUAGAUGGAGGGAGCAGUAGAGUGGUCUCUGAGAAGAAAGCAGCUGACUGGUGUGCUUCAAAUGGUAACAUUCCUUAUUUCGAGACAUCAGCAAAACAAGACUACAAUGUUGAUGAGGCGUUCCUUACCAUUGCCAAAACCGCUCUCGCAAACGAACAUGACCAGGAUUUAUACUUCCAAGGGAUUCAAGAUGCAUCGACUGAAAACGAGGCAAAAGGGAGUGGUUGCGCUUGCUAAACCGGGGAUUUCAGGAUUCAUUUACAUUUGUGUUUUUUUUGAUGCAUUUGCCCGUUAUUGUUUUGAAGGUUGGUGUACCUGUUGAGUUGCAGAAACGAUAAGCUUGUAGAAGCAAAUUUUUUACGCCAUUCCAUCAUAUAUUAAUUGAUUGGAGGAGUCUGUAAUCGAUUCUGCUGAGAUAUAUUGUUGUUUUCUGCUCUUAAUUCAUGUGGCGAGAUCAAAUUAUAUA